GGAAGUGAAACUCAGACAGUGAUGGUGACAGAGCGGUGAAAUGGCAGGAGUUCAGCUGCAGAGAGAAACCUUGUCUUGUUCCAUCUGUUUGGAUCUUCUGAAGGAUCCUGUGACUCUCACAUGUGGACACAGCUUCUGUAAGAACUGUAUUAAAAACCACUGGGACUCAGAGCAGCAGAGGAGGAUCUACAGCUGCCCUCAGUGUAGAGAGGACUUCACACCGAGGCCUGACCUGAAGAAAAACACCAUGUUAGCAGAUUUAGUGGAGGAGCUGAAGAAGACUGAACUCCACGCUGCUCCUGCUCAUCACUGCUAUGCUGGAGCUGAAGAUGUGGCCUGUGAUUUCUGCACUGGCAGGAAACUGAAAGCUCUCAAGUCCUGUUUGUUUUGUUUGGCCUCUUACUGUGAGGAACAUCUCCAGCCUCAUCAUCAAUCACCUGCAUUUAAGAAACACAAGCUGGUGGAGCCGUCCAAGAACCUCCAGGAGAACAUCUGCCCUCGUCACGAUAAGAUGAUGGACUUGUUCUGCCGCACUGAUCAGCAGUGCAUCUGUUAUCUCUGCUCUGUGGAAGAACAUAAAGACCACGACACGGUCUCAGCUGCAGCAGAGAGGACGCACAAGCAGAAAGACCUGGAUCUGAGUCGAGAAGAAGUCCAGCAGAGACUCAGGGACAGAGACAGAGACGUGAAGGUGCUUCAACAGGAGAGGAAGACUCUCACUCUCUCUGCUGAUAAAGCCAUGAAGGACACAGACAAGAGCUUCACUGAGAUGAUGGGUCUCCUGCAGAAGAGAAGCUCUGACGUGAAGCAGCAGAUCAGAUCCAAGCUGGAAACUGAGGUGAGACGAGUCACAGACGCCGAGGAGAAGCUUCAGCAGGAGAUCACUGAGCUGAAGAAGAGAGAAGCUGAACUGAAGCAGCUCUCACUCACACACGACCACAACCAGUUUCUCCUCAACUACCGCUCACUGUCAGCACUCAGUCCAUCCACACACUCGUCCACCAUCAAUGUCCGUCCUCUGAGACACUUUGAGGACGGGACAGCGGCUGUGGCAAAGCUCAGAGGUCAACUGCAGGACGUCCUGACCGAGACGUGGACAAACGUCUCACUGGCUGUGGCUGAAGUAGAUGUUUUACUGACAGAACCAGAACCAGAACCAAAGACCAGAGCUGAAUUCUUCAGAUAUUCACAGGAAAUCAAACUGGAUCCAAACACAGUAAACAAACAGCUGUUAUUAUCUGAGGGAAACAGAAAAGUGACAUUAAUGGAUAAAUAUCAGUCUUAUCCUCAUCACACAGACAGAUUCACUGGUUAUUAUCGUCAGGUCCUGAGUAAAGAGAGUCUGACUGGACGUUGUUACUGGGAGGUGGAGUGGACAGGAAGAGGAGGAGUUUGUGUAGCAGUGACGUACAAGAACAUCAGCAGAUCAGGUUCAGAUGAAUGUGUUUUUGGAUACAAUGACAAAUCUUGGGCUUUAGAUUGUGAACAAAACAAAUGUCAGUUUGUUCACAACAGAAUCUGGACUGAUGUCUCAGAUGUUAAAGUCUCCAGAGUGGGAGUUUACCUGGACCACAGAGCAGGUCUUCUGUCCUUCUACAGAGUCUCUGACACCAUGACUCUGCUCCACAUAGUCCAGACCACGUUCUAUCAGACUCUCUAUGCUGGAGUUGGUCUUUAUUCUUCAUCUGGAGCCACAGCAGAGUUCUGUAAACUCAAAUAAUCUGGAGUUCUUUCAGCAGCAGUACGUCCUGGAACUACGGUGGCCUUCACAGACCAGAAAGGAUGUCGUUCUUCUACAUUUGUACAGUAAAAAUGGUCACACUCUUUUUGGCAUAUCUGUCCAUUCAGGCUUCCAUAGAAACACACAUUUUGAAUCGGUUAAGAUAUAAAUGAGAUAAUAAUUUUUUUUUUAGUUUGACUUUUUUUUUGUUUACAGUGUAUGAAUUAUUGAAAUCAGCUAAAGAAAAAAGACAAAUCAACCAAAUAUCAGCGUAGAAAACAGUAGCUGGGAAACGCUGACUCAGCAUUCCUAAUUAUUAAUGCACUUUUUAUUAAUCAAUCCAGAAAUAAUUGUAAUUGUCGAUGAAUUAAUUAUUUUACGGAUGAAUUAAUGGAUGGGUGAAUUACAGCAAUGAACACAGUGUAGCUGUAGAAAAGGUCUGAAGUGACAUGCCUGCCCUCU